GGCAGGUCUCCAAACCAAAGCUUCGCUGCAUUCCAAUCAAAGCGGUAAAUUGUUCAUAUUGCUGUAAAGUCAGUUUCAGUGCUAUUAAUUAAUAAAUACGAACUAAAACAACAAAAUCACACUAAAUCAGCUGUUAACUAGAUCAAGAUGCUGCGCCUUCUCACCGUCACACUGGCUCUCUGUGCCACGAUCUGUGCCGCUGCACAAACUCGCAACCAACCUAUGGAGGCGAUUGCACAUUUGACUGGCCCACCGCAGUCGGACAACACGCAGGUGAAAGGAAAUGUCACCUUCAUUCAGAAUGACUGCGGCCAGAGUGUGCAUGUGCGCAUCCAGCUGGAGAACGUGAUGGAGGGCAAGCACGGCUUCCACAUACACGAGAAGGGAGAUCUAAGCAAUGGCUGUGCCAGCCUGGGCGGGCACUACAAUCCCGACAAGGUGGAUCACGGUGCGCCCGAUCACGAGGUGCGUCACGUGGGCGAUCUGGGCAACAUUGAGGUGAACGCCAGCCGGACUAUCGACAUCACCUACACAGACUCCGUGAUCAGCCUGAGCGGCAAGCGUACCAUCAUCGGACGCAGCGUUGUCCUGCACGAGAUGGAGGACGAUCUGGGCCUGGGCAAUCACACCGACUCCAAGAAGACGGGCAAUGCUGGCGGCCGCAUCGCCUGCGGUGUUAUUGGCAUUAAGUCGGAUGUGGACGAAUGGCCCUGCCGCGGCGGCGGUGCGGAUGCACUGCGUCAAUCCCUGUCCAUUGUGACCGUCGUAGUUGCUCUGAUCAUUGCAUGUGGACUGUGAUCAAAUAUAUUAUUAUGCACACACUAUGAACAAUAAUUAAUCCACACUCAUAUCGUAUGCCAUGCACUGUACUUAAAUAUUAUUAUAUACAAAACAAGGAAAUACUCCCAUUGCAUAAACUUGUAAAUUGCCCCAACGAUUUCAUCGAUAAUAAACUUAACUAUUUCUUAUAUACCCAA